UGACAUGAUUGAAGACAUUCCCGGAAUAUGCUAAAUUUUCCUGUACCGUUUUUCUAUUUUACUUUCCUAUGUGACAUUUCCUGUUGUUUUGAAAAUGGUUUGUGAAAAAUGUCAAAAGAAGCUGGGGAAGGUUAUCACCCCUGAUCCAUGGAAGUCAGGUGCCAGAAACACAACAGAAAGUGGAGGUAGAGUGGUGAAUGAAAACAAAGCCCUGACAUCAAAGAAAAACAGGUUUACUCCAUACCAGACAUUUGCCAAAUGCAGGAUCUGUAAGUCCUCUGUCCAUCAAGCCGGUUCACAUUACUGUCAAGGAUGUGCUUACAAGAAAGAUGAAUCCUCAUCCAGUGAUUCAGAAUAUUCAAAGACACUGAAAAUUAUAACAAAACUGUCACAGAAAUAUUUGGGUACAACUGACUCAAAGAAGAAGUCCACCAGCUUAAGAAGUAAGCAUAAUCCAGACCAAGCCUAUGAAGGAGAUGAAGAGAACACUACUCCCAAUGGAUCAGACUCGUCAAGCACUGUCUCCUCUAAGAGUAAGAGUAGUUUGUACGACUUUGAUGAGGAAGACCCAGAACCAGUAUCCUCACCCCUCAAAAAACCCAGAGCCAAAAAGAAAAAGUCCACCAAUACAAAGACAUCUAUUCCCCUCUCAGGAGAAAAGCCCAAAUCAUCCAAAACAAAGGGUUCACAACCUAUCACCCAAAAAACAACAGACCACAAAGCUAUGAAUAACAAUUCAAAGAAGUCAAAGCAGAAGAAAAGUCCAUUAACACAAGUUAUGCCCAUGGAUGUAUCCCCAGUACCACAAUCAAUCAGUAUGAAGAGUCCCAUAAGUACAAGGUCAGGUCUAAAAGGAAAAAAUGUGUCUUUUUCUCCUAAUGUUUCAGAGAUUAUUCCAGCAGAAUUCUCUCCUGUUGUGACUCUUCAGAAAAUAAAUGUGGACAAUGUUGUCAGUUCUCAGAGACAGCUUAGAAAGAGGAAGUGUGAUACACCAGUUGGAACAAUUGUCAAAUCUCCCAAAGUGAAAAAAGUGAACUCGGGUAAAAAGGCUGAAAAGAAAGAAAACUUCAGUGACAGUGGGAUGUUUCUCUCACCAGAGGUUGUUGAAGAGAAAGACUUUAAAGCCCAGGCUGUGUCCACCCCAUUUAACAGUUCUAGUGUCCCCCUGAAGUCCUCCCUCAACGCUUACCGUGACCCAGCCCUCCUCAAUGUGUCCCCAGUGAAGAAGACUUCCAGUACCCCCGUCACCCCACUGUCAGACUAUGCCUCCAUGGACUCCAUUAGCCACAAACUGACAUUUGAUGACAGCAUUACAGAUGAGAAAAACCAAUCGCAGAACAUAGAGCUGUUUACCACAGGGGAGGAAAUGGCUGUCAACAAAAGCUUUCAAGCUACAUACAAACCUUCCAAGAGGAAACAUGUACAGAAGAAAGUCACCAAAGCAAAUGACAAAAUGGAGGAGUGGAUGGAGAAAAUGAACUCUGAAUUCUCAGAAAUUGAGGGAUUUGAGCUUAGCAUUGAAGAUAAUGUGUAACAGUUGGUUGCCUAAAAGAGUAAAAGACAUAAUUAUUGAAGUUUUUCUUUGUUAGUAUAUUACACAUGCAAAGAAAAGAAGUAUUUAAAUAAAACCCACCUCUUUUCUUGUUAAAAAAAAGAUUUUAUAUACUUAGUAUUUUACUAGCAUCUCCUUUUAUCUAUAUUUAUCCUUGUUUGCUACUACAUGUAUAUUAUGUACAUCCAGUGCCCCCUUUUGAUAAAUUCUAAAUUCAAUAAUUAUAAAUGCAAUUUGUGUGUUGGGGGGAGGGGGGGUCUUAAUGUUUUAAUUACCUUCGAGUGAAAAAAAAGCCUUCUGGUUUAUGGCAGCUUUUUACUUAAACAUUAUGGGCAUUUACUAAGAAGGAGAUGGUGUUUUAGCUUUUAAAUCAUGAGAAAUUACUGGAACAGAUAUUUCUUAUUGUUAAUGUAUGGAGACAAAAAAUCAUGUUCAUAUUAAAUUAUGUGUGGUUGUACAUAUGGUGGUGUAUAUUGCUGAGUACACUUACCUUGCUUCAUUUCUCUCUUUUUUUGGUGAAGGAGUGUAUAAAAGUGUCAAAUAUUUUACAUACUAAGUUAGCAGGUAGUGAAAUCAAGUUUUGCAUAUGAACACUUGCCAAAGUACACUGUAAAUGAGUUUUUUUCUUUGAAACAUUUAUUGGUACACAUGUAUAUCUCAGCCAUCAGCAAAAAUAAAUUUGAAUUUAUAUAACUGAUUUUUAAAACAAUUUUUUAACUGAUUGGUAGAUUGACAUUCUAUCAUGUAUUUUGGACAUUAGAUAACAUGACACUAUU